GACUCAGCAAGCGCAUAUAUAACGUGUGUAAGCAAUGAGGCUAGUGAACAAGGCCGAUGCGGAUGAGAAAAAAGGCCAUGUCUCCAGCGACUCACAAGUGUGCGUAUCAAAUGUAUUGCAGACAUAGAGAUGGGUGCAUCAUCAGUGCAGUAUGCAGAGGCAGAGAGAGGAAAUAACAACCCCACACGUACGCCCUCGAAUGAGAGGAAAAAGGAGAGAGAAAAGGUACGUCAGCAAAUGGGAGACACUAUGCAGGCGAACAGCUAGGCGGCCAGACAUGCAGACAAAGGCAAAGAGGUCCUGGAGGACAUCGAUCGGCACGGUACGUAGUUACUCGUUUCGAGCGAAAAAGCGCCAUGCACACGUAGGAAUGAGAGGAAAGAUACACGAACGUGUGUGGUAAGGCACGGUGCAGACAGGCAUUUACCAGGCAGGCGAGACACCGUGCGUCAUUUCUGACUUACACACAGGCAACACUCAGGCCGACAUCACGCACGCAGACCGCAGGCUGUCAAGAGCAAGAUGAGAACCAACCUCAGACCCCGCCCUCCAUGGCCGCUUCAAACACCACCCACUGCCACUGCUCCGCGUCUCUUCGCCGCUCAUCCUCCACCCAGCCCUCCGCUUCCUGUGUCUCGACUAACGACCAAUUCUCCUCAUCCGCCGCCUUGCUGUGCUGCGCAGUGGGUCGGACGCGCCUUGACCACAGCCGCUUAAAGAAAGACCCCAGACUCCACCUGGCCCUUGUACUGUUGGCAGCUCUUUCUUGCUGGUCUUGCUGCUGCUGCUGCUGCUGUUGCUGCUGCUGCAGAGUGACCUCAUCAGUUUCGGCAGCCAUCACGGCCUCACGCCUCUCCUCUGUGGCCGGGGGAGGGAGCUUGGAAGCGGACGAGGGCAUCUCGAGACACGACGGCAACGAUCCGGUCUCGCCCAUGCCGCUCGAAAGCACUCUUCCGGCCACGCCAUCUAGCGAAGGCGAUGCCGCCUCGCUGUCACUGCUGCCCGUCGGCCGCUUGGCUUCAUCAGAGACAACCGAAAAUUGGUCGUUGCUGCUGAGCCUCCGCUCAAGCUCCAGCAUGGUGCGCAAUAUAUCCUCCAGCUCCGGGCGCUUCUCGGCCUCCUGCUGAAGAGCUCCUUGAGCUAGGCGACUUAUGUCUUUCGCAAGAUGUGUCGCCCACUCCAACUCCGUCUCCUCCCUCUUGUGCAGCGGCUUAAUGUUCGGGCGAAAGUUCCUGGCGAGGCCGUCGUUGUCAAAGAGACUCUGGCAGAAGCUGCUCCAGUGGAAACAGUGUUCUAGAUCCUUCCUGAGUCUCUCCCGCUUCAGCUUCUCCUGCAACUCCUGCACCUCCUCGGCCGGCUUAUUCUCCCUCUUGGCCUGUUUGAAGGCGGCGUCGAGCCGGUAGAUGAUAUUGGUGAGCAUCGAGUACGAAUCCCCAGAGACGAAAUGGCGGAGGUGGUGGCCGACCCCCCAGCUGAGCGCCCUUGAGCUGAUGAAGAUGGCAUCCCCCUCCUUGGUCAUGGUGCCGCAUUCCUUCAUUCCCCCCUUGAUUCCCUCCACCACGCAGUCGAUCACCUCCUUCUCUACCCCCCGUGUCUCUGUGAUUUCACAGAUUGUCUCCCACCUCAACACUGUCGUCUCGGGCGGGGCAAAAAAGGGCUUCAGGCCGACGAUCUGCAGCUGCUUCUUCUGCUCUCUGUGGUCAGUCGGCACUCUUGCGAGGCCCCGACCUGCUCCCUGGGGAGGCUGGUCUGCGCGCAGCGCGUUGGCGGGAUCGAUCAUCACACUGCCUGGGCAGUGAGCGAGAAAGGGCGGCUGGCGAGGGAGGGUGGUGGAUGGACAUGGGCAGCAUGACAAAAAUACCUCUCUGUCGACGAGCGAAGUCCACCGCAAGAACACAUCACUCGCCAGGUUGUCAAGGGCGUAGAGAAGCGCGUUUGAGGCGGUGAUGUGGGCGUGGAUUAACAAACAGAUAGCCCGGAUGCCAAUAAGCACCUCCUUCCUGGCUUCAGUGGCUGCUGUGGCUGACAAGGGCCCCUUGUACUGCUGCGAGAUCUUCCGCAUGUUGUAUCUUGAGAUGGCGGCGCCGAUCUCGAUGAACUCGUGCUGGGCCGGGUCAUCGCCGCUUGACACCCAGGGUGUGACCGGGACGAUGAUCGGUCGCUUGGUCGCCUCGUCUCCCUCUCCCUCGAUGAACAUUGCCGGCUGCUCUGUGUCGGUGCUGGCGUGGUACAGCGGCAGGAAGCCCCUCUCCCGAAGGUUUGCACUGCCGCCCGCCAGCUUGGCAAGAUCUUCCAGCCGCUGCCGCUCGCUGAUCAGGCAGGCGAUGUCGGUCUCCACCAACUUCUCGUCCGUCAUAACCGUUUUGAAUGCGGCCUCCUCCCCCCCACAGUAGACGCCUUGGUAGACUUUAGAGAGGGCGCCCUUCUCCGACCGCAUCUUCAUCUCAAACGUGUGGUCCUCCUCCCCGCACCGAAUGCUGAUGGCUGUUGGUCUUGGCACUUGCGUCAAAGGCAUCGUGGC